AUGUCUUGGCUAAUAAUUGUGGCCGAAAAUGGCGAGCCUGUCCCAAAGAAGAUAAUCUUCAAGGAUAGACUCAAUCCAUUGGAAACGCUGAGCGAUGAAGAAUGUAUACAGCGUUUCCGAAUGGACCGCACAACAAUAGUUGACUUAUGUCAACUAUUGUAUGAAGAUUUAGUGCGGCCCACAAGAAGACACGGAGCGCUGCCAGUGAUUACACAAAUAUGUGCAGCGCUCCGUACCUAUGCCCAGGCGGCUUUUUAUCGUGUGACAGGUGAUAGUGUAGGCAUGAGUAAUGCUGCACUAUCAGAAACUGUCCACACGGUAGCCGCUGGGCUUAGCCGGCGUGCGGGAAAUUUUAUUAAAUUCCCGCAAACACCGGCUGAAAUAGCCAAAACCAAAAAUGGAUUUAUGGCUAUCGGGCGAUUUCCCAAUAUGUUGGGUGCAAUUGAUUGCACCCACAUAGAGAUACUUUCGCCCGCAAAAGAGAUCGAAGCCUCCUACGUUAACCGUAAAGGAUGGCAUUCGAUCAAUGUUCAAGCGGUUGCAAAUGCAACGCUUGAAUUUACUAAUGUCUUGGCAGCGUUUCCAGGCAGAGUUCAUGAUUCAUUUAUAUGGACUCAAUGCCAUUUGAAACGCCGCCUAGACAAUAGCCAUAUUAAUGGAUGGCUAUUAGGGGACGCGGGCUAUCCCCUAGAGCCGCAUCUCUUAACGCCGUACGGUAAUCCUAUUACCGAACAGCAAAAGAGAUAUAAUUCGGCUCAUUCAAAAACCCGUAAUACCAUCGAAAGGGCAUUCGGGGUAUUGAAAAUGAGAUACCGCUGUCUAGACAAGACAGRCGGUAAACUCAUGUAUAGACCCGAACGGGCUUGUCGGGUCAUAAUGAUUUAA